UACUUGCAGCUUUUAUCGAAGUGGUUCCUACGUUUCCUGAAAGGAUCCGAUAAGCUCACGGGAAGAAAUUCGUUAAGGUACCAAAGUUCAAUUGAAUCGUCUUCAAAGUUUACGUGUUAUCAUCAGUUCGACAAGUGGUGGUUUUCCCCUAGUCCCAUUCUUGCGUUUAACCUCGCCAUGGCUGCUAAUAAAUUGUUCCAUACGCAGUUAUGGGUUACGGUGGUUUCAUAUUAUCUUAUUCAGUGUACAUGGACUCAACAUGCUACUGCAGCUGUACUGAUAAGUUUUCCAGGAAAUCAAUAUACACUUUAUACGCAAGAACAGUGGAUCUCCGUAAUUGAAAACUGCGGCAAUAAACUGGCCCGAGUUUUGCAUGGUCUAAACCCAGAUUUCAAAGAAUUUGCUCUCUCGUUCGAACAAAUGAUUAACGUUUAUUUCAAUAGAACUGGGAGCUGGCCCCACGAAGCUCUUUUUAGAGGAUUGUUCAUGACUGUAAUAACCCAAAACUGGAGUGAAUUGGGCAUCAACGGAAUGGAACUAUAUGAUCUACCACGCAUGUAUGAAGAACUUGCUAAUACAACAAUACCAGAUUUUAUUAUUCACCAUCGUAAUAAAGCAGCGACUAUAUUUCAACUAAGAUAUUGUGAAGGAAAUAAACCAAAUAUGAGUAUGAUCGAAGAUAUGUUGAAAAAUGGUACCACUGAAGCAUUAAAGUACGCUGAUUGGUAUUUGCACGGAAGAUAUCAAGAUGAGUAUGAUACUCCCAGAGUGAAUGUAGUAGUUUUAGUGGUGACGGAAUAUGAGAAUGAGAAACGAGUCGUGCUGCAAACCUGUCAUAAAUUAAAGGUGACAACUGCAAACUACUGGCCAAAUUCAUUCACUCGCCCCACAUAAAUGUAGAAGCAGAUCGGUAAGUAUUUUAGUUAGUACAUUAGGUACAUACCUAUGUAUUUGUUUUUAAAUUAAUACUUGCAGAUUAAAGUUUUUAAUUAAUAAAAUUAUGUGAAAUACCUACCUACUAUAAAUAGAAUUUAAAGAUCAAAUAGGUAAUUAUUGUAAUUAAAAUUGAAACUGUAUUUGCUAUAUUUAUGAACAAUUUCAAUUAUCAAUAAAUUUAAGCAAGUGCUCGUAUAUGUAAAAUUCAAAUAAAGAAAAAUUAUCCAUUAAAGAAUUUAAGGUGAUGUAUCAUGUUAAGUUGAUUGUAUUCUUGAAAUUUCUGGGG